UCAGCUUGGCUUGGGUGUCCAUUACUGGCUUCUAAAGUUUCGAUUUCACUGACCUAUCUUUUUCCCUAUUUAUGAAGACUGAACUGUAAAAUGGAAAUACAAUUUCUAGCCCAGAGCAAAUCCGACCCUUUUCCGGUCUCUGGUUGAUGUAGAUUGAGGGACUUGUGAACUUGCGUCUGGGAUAUUUUCACCUUAGACUGGUGACUCUCUUACUGAAGAACUCUUUGCGUUGGUUAAAGAUUACAUCAUCUACUAUAUUGGAAACCUGCUGAUAAUGGCCUCACCAAACAUAAACAGCGAUGAGGAUGUGACGCGGGCUGCAGGAAGAAGCGUAUCAGCAACUCAUGGGAAAGCAAUUCGUAGUUCGCCGAUACUCAGAGAUCAGGUUUUUGCAGAAGCUAGAUCAGAAGACUCGGCGACCAUUAAGAAGAGGAUAAUUUUUUCAGAAUUGGUAUCAGAAGAAGGUUUCACUUGGAUUCUCAAAGAAGAGGGCGUUUUCAUAAAGUUUCUCCCAAAAGCAGUACCAGAUCCAAGGCUGGUCACAUGUUCUUUGAGGAAGCCUGGGAAAGUUUCUCCUCCUCUUGAAGAUAAUGAAUCAUUGGUGAGCAAUGUAAUAGAACUCGACUGUGAUGAUCCAGACGGUGUAGGUUACAGUUCCAUUGAGGUAGCCUUAACUCAUUCUGCAUAGUGCUUGCGAGGUUACGAACUUGUUAUGAAGGAGAUGAUCGAUACAGAAAGAUGGAGGGAUCUAGAAACCCCAGAGGUGAUACCAUCAGAUCUACAAGGCGAAAGCUCGCAAUGGAACACUGAAUUGCCUUUUGUUCACGCUAAAGUAACCAGUUUUUCUCGUUAUGCCGUUAUUUGUCGUCUUAAGUCCUACAAAAUUCGAAAGGAGGACUCUGGGGAAUGUUCAAAGAUAGCAGUCAGUGUGCCAGAAUUCCCGGGUGCUUGUUUGUCAAUUCCUGAGUCAUCUUUUCCUGAAAGUAUGGACUUCGUCGUCAAGGUGCAAGAGGUUUCAAGUGAUGCUUUUGAAGGAAAGGGGGUUCUUGUUGGUCCUGUCGUUCAUAUUAAGUUCACACCUAAAGUUGAGUUAAGUGAUCCUUCGCAAGUUAGUUUGAAUUGUCCAGUCUUAAUAAAUGUACCUAUCGACUUGCAAGAACGCCAGAUUACGUUAUCGGAAAUGUCAUCAAGGUACGUGAGAGUGUUUUUCCGGGGUGGUAAAGACACUUCACGGAAAUGGGUCGAUUGGACAAAAAAGUUGAGGCCACUACCAAAACUGGAAAACGGGAUCGUGACAUUCGAAGUAAAUGGGACUGAUACAUUUCAAACCAAUCGGUCCUUAGAAUGUGGGGUCAUACUUGAUUCUUCGGCGAAACAUAUGGAUGCUGGAGAGCUUUUCAUCGUGGAUUCUUCCUGUCCGCAACAAGUGGGAUUUUUUUGCUUACUGGAGUCAGAGGGAACAGAAGGAAAAGCAAUCAACACAAGAACCAAAGCAAGGAUCGCUGACUCUUUGCUGUUUUCCAAUCCACAUGGAAACAGAGUUGAGAAAAGAGAUAUUAUCAAAGCAUGGCUAUCUCCUCUGUGGCGAAGCCGAAUCAGUAAAACAACUCGCUAAAGGGGAUCAGGCAUUCUUUUCUUUGUCAAAUGGCCUCACUCCAGUUGAUGAAGGAAUUGAUAUAAAUUACACCCCG